AUAUAUUGAAACAGGUACUGUACAACGAAUCACUAAUACAAAAGCUUCCCCUUAUCUCUUAGCCUCACUGUUGGCUGACCGGGGUCCGGGAGAAUAAGCGACGUCAACAUAACAACGAGGAGGCGAGAGAUGAAGGAUAAGAGAGGCAGAGACAGGGGGAGGGGCAGGGGCAGGGGCAGGAUGGAGAGGAGGGAUCCCAAGGGCGGCUCUGACCUGGAGAAGGACCUUAAACUCAUCCAUUCUGACCCUCGCUUCGCCCACGUGACCUCUGACCCGAAGUUUCACCAUAUCCCUAAGAAGGAACGCAAAGUGAAGCUAGACAGUCGCUUUCACUCUAUUUUGACAGAUGAGAAGUUCUAUGAGAAAUCAACAAUGGAUCCUCGAGGUAGAAAAGGAAAUUACUCGACCAAAGAAGACCUGUUAAGAUUUUACCACCUGUCCUCUGAUGAAGACUCGGAGGAGGAGGAGGAGGAGGAGGAGGAGGAGGAGGAGGAGGAGGAGGAGGAGGAGGAGGAGGAGGAGCAGAGUAGUGAAGAAGAAAAGGAAGUAAUGAAUAAAGAAGGUGAUGAUUUCAAGGUAGAAGGUAAACAGAAGAAGAAGAAGGAGGAGAAGGAAUUAAAGAAGGAAGAUGAUGAAGAGGAAGAGGAGGAACAAGAAAUAGGGAAGAAAAAGGAGAAAGGGAAGGAGAAGAGUGUAUCUAAAGACAGCUCAGGAGAGAGUGGGAAGGACGAGGAGGAGGAGGAGGAGGAGCAAGAGGCAGAAGAGGAGAAGGACGAGGAAGAGGACACAACACAAAGAGACCAGGAGGAGAGGUCGAAAGUCGCGCCAGAGAUCACCAAACGUCUUCAGGAUAUGACGAGGGAUUACGCUAGAGGAGGAGGUAACCUGUUCUCGUCUGACUCCUCGGAUGAUGACUCCACGACCACGGAUGAGGAGGAAGAGGGGGAGGAGGAGUUUGAGUGGGCGGAGCUGGACCAGGAUGCAGUGUGGGAUAAUGAGGCGGAGGUGGAGGAAACAAGUCGAAUAGCCAUCUGUAACUUGGACUGGGACCGAAUCAAGGCAGCCGAUUUGAUGGUGCUCUUCUCCUCCUUCUGUCCCAUGGGAGGGUCAGUGAAGCAGGUGGCCAUCUAUCCCUCAGAGUAUGGCAAGAAGAGGAUGGCUGAGGAAGAUCGUUCUGGCCCUCAGGAGCUGACUGGUAUGGUGCACCGAGGGAGGAAGGAUCACCAGGAGGAGGAGGAGGAGGAGGAGGACGAGAGGGAAAGAAGAGAUACACGUCUAGAUUUAGUUGAUCUGGAGAAGCUCGAGAAAGGCAAGCUUGAUGAGACAGCAGGCGCCACCAAGAGGGACUUCGAGGCACUGAGGAGAUACCAGAGGAACCGUCUACGAUACUUCUACGCAGUGAUGGAGUGUGACAGUGUGGCCACCGCCCGCGCCCUCUACCAGGAGUGUGACCGCCAGCCCUUCGAGGGGGCCGGCAUCCUCCUUGACCUGCGAUACAUCCCAUCUGACAUGAGCUUUGAGGAGACACCCCAUGACCUAUGCCAGACAGUGCCAUGCUCCUACAAAGCCAAGAAUUUCAUCACCACGGCACUGCAGAACACACGGCCGUCGCUCACCUGGGACGAGACUGACCCGGAACGCUACAAGGCACUCAGCUCGGCCAUGACGCAGGCACUGAAGGGCGGCACUCUAGAUGAGGACCGGCUGAAGGACUUUGUGGCGUCAUCAAGCGGGGAGGAGGAGGAGGAGGAGGACGAGGAGAAAGAGGACAAUGAUGACAGCAGCGACGAGGAGAAGGAGGAAGUGAAGGCAGAAAGGAUAGCAAAAUUCCGCGCACUGAUUAGAGAAAUAGACGAAAAGGAGAAGAGGAAGAAGGAAAAAGAGAUUGACAUGGAAGAAAUAUUUGAUGACAUAAGAGAGGAGGAAGAGGAGAAGGAAGACAAAGACGAGGAGGAAGAAGAAGCCGACGAAAAUCAAGCCCAACUGAACCCGUUUGAGAAGUACUUGGAGAAGAGGAAAGCCAAGAGGAAGGAGAGGAAGAAGAAGCAGAAGGAAAACAAGAAGAGGGAAGAAGAUGAAGAGUCAGAUGAGGGAAUUUCAGACGACGAUGUGCCUGGGGGGGUGGACAGCCUGUACUCGGACCCUUUCUUUGCCCAGGUGAAGAAGGUGACAAAGAAGAAAGGGAAGAAGAAGGUUGAUGAUGAGGAAGAGACAGAGGAAGAUAAUGAAAAGAACAACCUUGAGCUUCUUCUGAUGGAGGAGGACAAGGAAGACAAGAGGCACUUCAACAUGAGAGAGAUUAUCAAGAACAGCGAGACCACGAAGAAGAGAAGGAAGAAUAAAUUGAAGAAGAAAAUGUUAGAGAAGAAGGAACAGAAGAACAAGGCCCUCGAUGACUUUGAGGUCAACAUGAAUGACCCGAGAUUCUCCGAGCUGCUGACCUCCGGCGAUUACAACAUUGACCCGUCACACCCUCAGUUCAAGCGCACUCAGGCCAUGGAUAAACUCAUCGGCGAGAUACAGAGGAAGAGGAUGGCAGAGAGCGGCGAGGAGGUGCCAGGAGCCAAGAGACCCUGCCUGGGGGACGCCACGCAACGGGAACUCUCCACAUUGGUACAGAGAGUCAAGAGGAAGGCGGGCAGGAUGAAGGGCGCCAGUAAGGGGGGCACCUGAGUCUGUACAGUGUUGUAAUAAAGAAUAAUGAUUUGU